GAAACUAGCUGGAGUCUCACAGAUACAGUUACUACGCAGAGGGUAUCUGAGGCGCUAAGUUUAGCAUGUGUCCAAUUGGUCAGUAACACGAGGACUUGAAAUGAUGUAAAAGUGGGGAUUUAAUGUUCCGUGCCUUCUUCGAUCAGCACCGUAACGGGAGAUUUUAUCCGGAAAAGAUUAAAGGAAUGACUAACGGUUGUUUACCGGCGCUUUAACGUUAGCCUGCUGUCGCCAGCUAACUAGCAUUGUGGCUAACCGGAAGACAGAGCAGGGAGUGAAGGUGGGUGGAGCUUAGGCCCAGGAGGGAACCGCUCUUCUUCUUCCUCUUCUUCUUCUUAUAAAACUACAGUUUGAUUAUUGAUUAUAUCAGGUAUAUAUAGUAUUGAUAUUGAUUAUUAUUAAUGUUCAUUCUGUGGUUCAGAGCUGAAUAUCUUUUCCUGUAUUUAGACUAAUUUAUCUUGGGGGGACAUAGACAUCUUUCUUUGCCAAUACUAAACAAUAAUAAUAAAUGCUUCGUUUCAUAAUGAUAUUUUGGCUGAACUGUUAAACAGAAAUGCAAAUAAGAAACUACUUAAUCUCUAGUCUCAUUUUUAGAGUCUUACAAAUUGACUGAUAUGUAAAAUAGCCUGUUUUUCUGACUAAUUGCUGGAUUUGACUAAUUUUUGUGUGAACUAAGUAUGUUUGCUGAAAUGUACUUAUUUAUUUAUAUUUUUCAUGGUUUUCUUAUGUUUUAAAGGAAGAAAACAUGAUUAGACUCCCAACUUGUAACAUACGAUAUAACAAUAGUAAUUAUAAUACAUCUUAUUUAAACGCGACUUUCUGGACACUCAAGGAAACUUUACAGAGUAAAAACAACAGAAUAAAAGCAAUAGAGAAAACAAAACAGAAUAGGGAAGAAAUGUAAAUAUAUGUGUGUAUCAAUAAAACAAAACAUGACAAGGUAAAUUAUAAGGAGUGUGCUAAUCUGAGCAGGUGGGUUUUGAGUCUGAAUUGGUAGAGAGGGAUAUUAAUCUUAAUUCUUCUUAAACAGGUUAUGAGGGAUACAAGUAUUUGCUGCAUUUGUUUUUUAUUUUUGUGUUAUAUUUUCUUAAAUGAAUCUGGUUCAUUCCUUUUUUGCUCUUGGGGUUUCAUGCUUUUUGUGCACGUAGGUUGUCCUGAUGUGACCACAUAUAAGUUACGCAACAUGAGUGUUAUAGAAUUGAAUUUAAACUGCUUUCUUAUGUAAGGAAUCAGGAAUUUCUACGGAGGUUUACAGCCAUGCUGAUCAGCUUCUAUUUCUGUCGCUGCAUCACUCACAGUCAGUUUCUGUGGUUCUUCAGUACUGUUAUUAUCUUAACUUACCCAAUCAUGUGAUCUGUGUCAGCAUGCACACGGGGAUUAUGUGACUGCACAUGAGUCAUGCAUUACAUGGUGAAACUAUUUGAUCGGAUUUAUCAAGAAUGGGCUUUUUCUUGCAGGAUGAGUUGCAUAUUUUGUUAAACUUUGCGUGAGAGUUUUCAUAAGGAAGGGUUCGAUAAGUGACAACAUACUCACACAGACCCUGCUUACUACAUUACGGCUUUUGCAGUCUGUAUUUCAACAAUCACAUUCACUGUUCUUCUCAUGUCUUCACACCCCUGUCUGUAUUUUCUAUAUCUGAGACUCUGUGUGGUUUCUCAUCUCUGGUCAGAUCCAGCUUUAAGUUCUGUGCUGAGAUUUUGCAGAUACAAGUCAUCAGUUUGUGGUUAGAUUGAUGAUUGUCUUGUGUGACUGUGACAUUGGUUUCAAACAGGCAUCUGUAAUCUCCUAAAUCAUCUCCUCUCUGAAGUGAUAAUCUUCGACUUCAUGGAGUGGAGUUCCAAAUCCUCGGCGGCUCAUAAUUUUGCACUGUAGUAAAACAAAUCAGUUAAACUUUGCAGAGUGAAGUGUAGCAGUAUUAUAUUAUAAAGGUUUACGACUACAAUGAAGCAGUCCUUUGUCAGUAUUUACACUUUAUAGAUUUUAAAAUUCCUUACUCAAUAACAGCAGUGACUGAGUCCUCAGUGAAACAAAAGUUUUUACUAUUUUCUAUUAUCUGAACAAGUGUAAAUAUCUAUCCAAGUUUUAAGAGAUAAAGACAUAAAAUGUGACAAAAAUUACUCAAACUGGGUCAAAACUGUUUUGUUUUUUCAUUUCCAUCAAUCAGCAGGUUCAAAUGUGAUUGUUUUUGCACAAGUAACUGACAUUUUUGUUGAGUCUAAAGUUUUUUUUCCAUUAAAACUGUUUUAGAUUAAUCAAAUGAAUCCAAAUUGUUUAAAACAAAUAUACCCCAGGAACUUUAUUUUUUUCAUUUUGAAGCCUUUACAUUUUUUUUUCAUCUUUGUGCUCCAUCAAAGAUCUGUAAAAACUCGAAGCCAUGGACAAUGACCCCAAAGCUACAUCUGAGCGGAUUCUGCUGGAACCGUACAAGUACCUGUUACAACUGCCAGGUGAGUCUUUUCAUCAGAUAGAGUUCUUACUGUCAUGACACGAAAAGGACUGAAAUUUAAAAUGAUCAAAUUACCGUAUUGACCCAAAUAUAACACGAUUUUAAGAUGCCCACCACUUUAAAGAUAUAUUUUUGUGAAAAGACUUUUUAAAAACUGCCAAAUCUUGUUUUAUACAGAAGGUAGUUUGAAAUCGUGUGUUUCUAUAAUGGGAAUCAGCUGAUACAGCCUCAGCAGACCAAGACAAAGAUGGCAGCCCCUGUGUCGGGCUGGUCAGCACCGACAGAAAUAGAUUGUUUUUUAUUUUUACUGGAUUAGAUCUGGACAGUCUCUGAGAAACACUCAAAGAUCAUGUCUGAAAGCUGUGAAUCUAUAUUUCAGACUUUAUUUACAUGCUGAGAACUUGUUAUGGUGAUGCAGAGAAUAACGUAAACUUAUAGAGCUUUAACACUCAGAAAUCAGGAAGCUGUGAAUGGUUAACAUCCUCGAUUUAUCCUGUACAGUUACACUUGACCAGCUGUUCUUGUUCUGCUCUUCAGGACUCAGAUUCAUCAAAUUAUUGAUUUCUGGUCACUUUUCCGCAGUGCCAGAGUGACUAACCUAACAUUAGGAUUUUAUUUGGGUAAAUGGGACGAGUCCUCCGAGUCUCUGUGAGUUGGGAUAUCCUCUCUUUUGGAGUCAGUGAUGCAGAUCAUUUUAAAGUUUUACGACAGGCCUUGAAUAGAAAAUAUAUGCUCUUUGCUCCCCCAUGGUUUUGGCAAAUACAUCUAAAGGUUUCCACAAAACUCACUGUUAGAUUGUGGACAAAACACAGGAAAUAGCUUUACAACAAAAACCAAUGAGGUCAAAGAAGAAGACUUUUGUUUGAACAACAGAAAACUUCCUGUGCCUCUUUUAGACCAGCUGCAGGGCUUUUCUAUCCUGUAGCCAGGUCACACACCCCUCCAAACAGAGGCUGUGGAAGUCCACGCUGUGAGUAGUUUAAUAUGGAUGUUUAUUUAAAUGAGAGGCUAAGGAAGAAAGGUAUUCUAUUUCAGCAAUUUGAAUGUGACAUGAGGUUGUUACGCAUACAAGUGCAGAUCAAAAAUUUGCAAAUCUAACUUUGUCCUUCAAGAUAAAAUUUAAAGUGAAAUAUUUAAGGCAUUUUUGCCUUUAGAAUUUUUUCACUUAGUCUUGCUCUGAUGCAGACUUACCAAGAUGGCGAGCAUGUAUUCGACAUGACAAUAACAUCGUUGGUCAGAGAAAUAGAAACUCUGGUGUAGUUUCAAUCGAACCCUGGUGAAAUGCAGGAACAAAAGUAUUAGUCCCAGAACAGAUACGUCCCACCUCUGAUGAUUGGGGUAAAUUACAUGAUUGAAGAGUAGAGAAAGAAAGACAAUUCACUGGAUCUUAAAGGUGGUUCAGAAAUCUUCCAAAAUCUGAUUUUGAUCACCUGUUGUGAAAUUAUCAUGACUUUUCUUUGGGUUUGUUUUUCCUGGAGAUUAUAGGCACUAACUGUUCUUACAUGCAUCAUCAAAUAGCUGAAUUAGCUGAUCUGAUAACCAUAGUAUAACAAUCAGCUUUAAUUUCUUCAAAACUGAGCUAUACUCGAGAGUCUGAAGCUAAGACACACUAUUGUUUCAUUUCUGACUGGAUACCCCUGAAAGUAUGAAAAUGUAAACAUAUAUAUCACCACAGAGAACUUUCUACUGUUCACUAAUUUUAAUUCAAAGCAGUAGUCUUUGUGAAGGAUGCAUUUAAAAGUCGACUGUCCCCAAAUGUGUGUCCUUAACAAACAAAAUGAUUUUGUUUCUUUUCCUCUUUUAUUUUUUCAGGGAAGCAAGUGCGGACAAAACUAUCCCAAGCUUUCAACCACUGGCUCAAUGUUCCUGAGGACAAACUGCAGGUGAGAAAUCCCCUGCUCUCAGCCUCUUAGCAUGCAGAGUGGUUGAGAAAUGUUGAUUGUUGCAGAAGGGUGCAGGGAGGUGAAAUGAUGCUGUGCUUAUUUCAAAAACACACAAUCUGUUUUAAUGCAGCCAGCGCUCUUUCAGCUGAAUGCUUACUAACUAAAUGUAAAUGUAAGGCCGGGACGUUGAGCAGAAAGCAUCAAUGAUUUAUCACAGGAGGUUUUAACGCAGCAGAGCAUUGAGGGGACAAAAUGGAAACAGUGCAGCAGCGCUUUAAAAAAAACACAAGUUACCUUUGUGUGCAUCUGUUUGAUCUGUAGGUUUGAAAAAGCUGCUUUUACCCCACACUGGCUCCAGGAACUGUGGGAGUUGGAUUUAUUUGUUUGUUCGUUCAGGUGGUGUGUUUUCUAACGUCUGAGUUAAUCUGCACAGAUUAAAUCUACUUUGAGGCAGAAGAACUCUUUAAACACUGUUUAUUUAAGUUGGUGCACUCAAAUUCAUACUUCGCUUUAUAUCAUGCUCAUGACACUUGAGUUACAUUUAUGGGAUACAAAUAUAGUUUCAACAUUUACUCUUUUUGUUUUGAUUCGGUCUCUGCUAACCGCUGAGAAAAUAGAUCACAUAAAUCUUUGUGGGUGUUUGACUCUGUUCAUGAGUUUGCUGCAGAGCUUCUCUUUGGUUUGGUUUGUGCACUUUGGGUUUAUUAGAGCUUUUUGCUUUUGCUAAAAAGAAACAACAACUCGUUGUUGUUGCAAACAAGUUCAAGACUAAAGUGUGAUUCGGCCAAACUGUAAACUCCCACGGCAGGAAAAUUAAAAGCUAAAGUGGAGAGAAGAAAAAGCUGUCUGUGUUAUUGAAAGAGUUGUUGUAGGUGUACUAAAGAGCUGAAGAAUAUGGUAAUAACAUUUUGGAGCAUUAUGAUUUUCUAUUAUUUGAUAAAGGACAUUUUUUUUUUAGCCUCUUAAGAUUUCACCUGCUUUCAUCUGCAGGGUGAAGCUUCUGCUCAUUGAGGAAGUUGUUUUCCUGUUUCUGUUAUUUGGAGAACAGGUUGCAAAUCAGAUUUCCCUGUGCAAAUUCCUCAGUGCAUACACCGUAUGAAAGAAAUACAACACUUGAGAUAUGAAUUUGAUUCACAAAUAUGUCACUACCCGGGGUUGUGACUCAGCUCAACGGUUACUGUCAUAAUGCUGCGAUAAUAAUCAUUAUUUUGUUACAGCAGUUGUCGACGCUUUACUACCUGAAUAAACUUCUACCUGGCUGGUGAUAAACUGAGUGAUCUAUCUUCUUGUUGUGCUCUGCAGUUUUUUCAUUAAGAGUAUUUUUGCUAUGAGUGCUUUAAUAAUGCAAAUGACCCUGAUGUGGGAUUGGUUUGGGAUUAUAUGAUCUUGUUUUAUUACUAGGCCUAAAUAAAUAUACUGAGGCAUUAGACUAACUAAUACACAUAUGCUUAUUAUAUAUUGUUAUGCAAAAAUUAAACACAGGUCCAUUAUACCUCUACAACACUGUAAUGAUAAUGCUCAAAAUAAGUAACAAGGACGGUUAAUAGUCAGAGUGCACACGUUCUCAGGUCAUCCAUAUGUCAGCGCCUCAGUUCUGCCACCCCAGUCUAAAAAGUCCAAGUACCGACCAUCUUAAUAUUUCAGUCAGCUGCUCCUUUAACUUGGAGGAGCUCAGAAAAUGACCUGAAACUUCAGAGCCGUGUCUGUCUGGAUGAUUUGAAGACAGCUGCAUCUCACUGUGAAUAAAAAUGGUCCAUUUUUGACCAAUAUUCUCGCUGGUUUUACUAAUUAUUUCGUAUCUUGUAAUCUAGUAUUGUCACGUAUCUUGUUUGAUCUUAGUAUUCAUGGCUGCUCUGUGUAAUGAGCUAUUUAGGUUGGUUUGUAAAAAAUGAAGCAAUGUCAAAAAUGUGCAAAUGAAGUAAACAAGUACACAUCAUAAAAUCACAACUAAAACCGUCCUGGCUGCAGCAGGUUUCUGUUUUUGCUUUUAUUUUUUGCACAUUUUUCUCUAAUCAGCUUCGUCUGAUUUGCAGCCCCCCCCUUUUUCUCCCACCGCCAAUAUUUUGCCCAACCGAAGCCUGUUGGCCGUCACGCUGAUCACCUCUGUGUGCAAAGAAUUGGCAUCGCUCAGGUCCCAGACAGCCUCCCAUUCAAACCCGCGCCUCCUCUUCUGAAUUAUCCUGUUAAAACAUCGUCUCAGAUGCCGCCUGAUUAGAUUGCAAAGAGACAUAUUAGAGCUCGCAAACUGACAGCACCAGGCUGAGUGUUACUUUUGCUUUUCUGCGGGUUGAUUUCAAACUUGAGUUCAUUGAUUAAAUCACUCUUGAAGAUCAGAUCAUUGAUUUGGUCCUGCUAAAAGCAGGAGCACCGGCUGAGCUGUGUUCUGGUCUUGUGUCCAGUGAUGAAGAUGUAGAAAGUAAUCUGUGAUUUUUGGGAUCUACAUGUUCUCUGUGCUGAAUGCUAAGUGCCGAGCCUGUCAGGUCUCGUUAGGUUUUGCUCCUCAACAGGUCUCCCUUUGUCCUGAAUGUUUUAUGAACCUUCAUCCAAAAAGAGGAAUCGUGGUCCUGCAGCAGCCUCUCAGUAGUUUCCUGCGGUCACUUUAUCUUUAACGGUAAAAUAGGAGUCUCCCUCUAAUCUGAUGACUGGUUAAAUGUGUGUGGAGGAGUAUUAAAGUCGCCUGUCUCUGCUGGGGAAUUAUUAAAUAUUACAGAUUAAUCCUGUCAUGUCAGCUCUCCUCCUGCUACAGAAUCUAUCUGGCUCUUUGCAUGAGAUAUUUAAUCACAGCUUUCACACUGCGGUGGGUCGAACGUCUACAGAUGAUGAAUUCAGUUUGCAGCAUUAAUAAAAGGAGCGAGUGAACGUUCAAAGUGGCAUUUUUGAUUAUUUUCACAUCAAACGCCGCGACGGUUCCUCUCUGAAGUGCUGACAUUUUCAAUCGUGGAGCACAUUCCCACUACAAAGACAUUUUACCUUUGAGAUUUGAGGCUUACUGAUCAAUUUCAGAGUUUUGUUUGAGCACCAAAUCUGAUGAUUGAGGCUUUGGCAGAAAGUCCUGGUUCUGGCUCUUUGGGUAGUUGAGGUUUUAAUGUACUUCACAUUUCAAAGCUCUGUCUCCCCCUGUGACUCCUUCUGCGCAGCAGCUCGGUAAACUCCUGCUGAACCCUUCAUGCAGACUCCUCUCGUCAUCAUUAGCACACGGCUGCCAAGGAGUCGCUGCCUUGGAAACAACCAUGCCUUCAGAUAGACCGAGGCAGUGACAGUGGUACACUGUCUCAUUCAUAUGAGGAUGAAUAUUUUAUCAGACCCCCCCACGUGUGCUCGCUCUCCACAGAGCGCUACAGAACAGGUUGUGGAGGUUUGGGAAAUUCCCCAAGUACACACCAGUUGCUGUGCGACCUUUAGCCGACUGGCUUCCUCCUGUUUCCUGUGACAGUGUAGAAAGGUUAGCUUUUGUACACUGUCUGCUUUGAACACAUGUGUCAUUCAUGAUUAUGUCCGCUGCCUCGGGUGCAGACCUCUCCUAUGUUUACACUGGAGUGAAAAAAUCUUCACAAGAUUGCUCAUCGCAGUCAUUUCUAUAGUACAUACUUCAUGUUAGGACGUUUGGGGAAGAAAAAAAGAUUACGACAUAUUUUGUCAUAUCGUCCGAUCUCGAUUAUUAUCACGAUUUUUUUAUUCAUUUUUUUAAACUGCCAGUCUUAAAGUAUCUGUACUAAGAGCUAAAGAAACUACAGAUUAGUCAACAUGUUAUUAACAUACAAAGUAAAUAACAAAGCAAAUUAAAUAAGAUAAACUUAGAAACUUACAGAAGUGAGCAGGAAAAGCUCGACUCUGAUUGGCUGUUGUCAUGCACACGACUGAUCAGUAAAUACUAAAUACACUGAUCACCGCGAUCGAACUGAAAUUUAUCACAAUCAUAUAAUCAUCCAGUCCUACGUUGUAUGCGUGUUUAUUUAUUCACUUAUUUCAAAAACGAGAAUAAAAACACAAGAAUAUGAAAGCGUGUGUGAGGAUGUGGUAGAAACCAGUUUAACGGUUAAAGAGGGACACACUCAGGAGGUAAAUAAACAUGUAAUAAAAAACAUCACAGCAACCUAAUUUCAUGUUCAUUUAUAAAAGCGCAGGAAUUAAAUUCAACAAGGAAAAAUAUCCUAAAAGAUUGAACAUCAAGAGACGAUUGUGACGAUAUAUGCAUGAAUCACUGCAUUACGUAAUAAUGUAAUUUUUCCAUAUAGAGUAGAAAUACUUUUUAUUUUAAUGAAAUAUCGUCUUAGGAAACCCAGGAGUUUUUUUGUCUGCUGUUUUAAAUAUCCUGUCCUCAACAUUCGUAUGCCUUGAUUGGAAAUUGUAUAAUUUUUGGAGUUUCAUACUCGACAACAUAACAAGAGAAGUAAUGUUUUAAACAGGUCGGAUUUUUAAGAGCGCAGUUAUUGUGUCAGAGAGUUAUCCUCAUGUGGAGCUAAUUAGAGGUAACAACAGCAGAGUGAGUUUCAGUCAAAGACUUGAUCAGGAGACACGGCGCAUUUGUCACCCUUUUUGUAGUUCAGGGUUUUUCCAGACUGUAGACACUUCCUGUUUGUCUCUCUAAAUGCGAGUCUCUACUCUGAUAGACAAAAAAGAGAUGCACAAAAUAACAUAUAGGAAUAAAAAUCCCAGAUCAGGAUUAGAGUCUGUAUUUUUUUCACCCUCUGGAUCCACCUCUGCAAAACGAAAUUUACAGAAACAGAAAAAGCCGAGAAAUUAAAAAAACAAAACAAAAAGUGAGAUAAAGUGAACAGAAAAUAUAUUUUAGAGUUUGUGACGCUGAAAAGUUAAAAUGCCAGGGGUUUUUCAUACCAUCAGGCCCAAACAGCUGAUUUAGACAAAUGAGACUGCAGGUUUUAAAUGACACGGCCCUUCAGGGGUCGUGUGAGAUCAUGUGAAAACCCGGGCUCCACUCCAAAAAUCCUUCAGCGUGACUCAGGUUCACUUAUUUGGUUGUUAGUCGCUGCUUUCCUUCCUUACAUUCAGAGCUGCCUGGUUUUCUUCAGGGUUAUUUUCCUCGAGUAUAUUGAACUCACUCGUUGUGAAGGAGUCUCUGCAUUCUUAAUGGAUCACUGAUUGUAGCCCCGGCAAAUUGUCAGUAACCUCUGGCAAUAAUCAAUGGCGUCUUGUCGAGUAGUAAAGUCAGUCUGCCCUUAAACAGCAGCAUUUAUCUGAGACGGACUGAUCAGGAGUCUCUCAGGAAUUAAAUCAAAGUUUAAAAAAUCACCCUGAAUUUUUGAUAGCUGCUGAUUUAAUCUGUAUUUUUUGUAAAUGUUGUGGUUGGAGAUUCUCAUCAGACUUAAGGAACCUGCAGGGUGAUGAAUAGACCGCUUCACAAUAAUCAAAUCAGCACAGCGCCUCCUCGUUCAAACUUGAGUUUCUGGCUUUAAAACAUGUCCUUGCAUUAUUCAACGGUAUGAUUUCCUAUAAUCAGUUUAUAUAAGCCUGGAUAAUCUUCCGUCAGUGUGGAGGAGAGAGAGUGUUCAGCUUCAGGUCCUUGUCAAGGUGUCCAUCAGGCGUCUGCUGUCUGAGCCGGCCGUGCAGCCUGCUGGGUCGCUCUGCUGGUGUAAAGGACGAGUGUUGCUGUCUGGUAAUGAAAGCUGUUUGUAUGAGGCCGGGGAGCACAAAGAGAGGCUCAGUGGGUCAGGCAGACGGCCAAGGACGGACCAGCCGAGCAGUUUGUCCGCCAAACACAACGUUUCCUUCUGCAGGGUCUGACACUCGCUCACCCUGCGGCUUCAGCGAGACACUUAGAGGGGAGGGGGGUGUGGGUAUAAUGAACGCACACAUGAAUGAAACUAUAUAUACAGUAAUUGAAGCCAAAGGCACGCUCAGACAUAAAGAGAUAACUGUUUACUGUGACACUACACCAGCUGAACUCUUUUUAGAGAGCGUCUUUCGUACAAAUGUUUAGUUUGAUUUCAAACGUACGCAAAACCUAGAAGCAAUAAAGGAUAACGGAUCAAGUUAUUUACAUGUGUGUGUUCAAGAGGAGGCAACGUUUUAGCUGUACUCUGCAAACAUGUGAGAGCCAGGAGGACAGUUUCAGCUGCUCGACUGUCCAGGGUCUCCUUUGUUGUUUCAGUACGUGACGAGUCAGGACUGCAGGCAGGCUAGGACUCUUCUACUGCAGAGUCAUAGUGUUGUAAUACCAGCAAAUGUGGUUUGUCAUGGUCCUGUUAACAUGUGCAUGGUCUACCCUGCAAAAAGCAUCAACUGGAUGGCAGCAUAUCUUCCUCCAGAAGCUGUAUAUUAAAGGUGGACUGGUUAAUCAGGACAUUUUUUUGUAAUUAGCCUCAUAUCUGCAUCAUACAAGGUCAAUAUCACUGUUGUGUUUUCUGAGUUCAUUAAAAAAAAAAAUCUUCAGACAAUCUGCUGUCCAUGACUUACAGGAAGGUUUUCUUCUUCUUUACCUCAGUCCAUCUUAAAUGAACUCGGGCUCAGAGGCGUUUCCAGUUGUUUCUGGAUCAUAUCAGUAAAUAGGUUCCUCUCUUCCAGCUCUGUUGUGGCACAUGUGAUUACACAAUCACGGGAAAACGUCUCCUUUAAACCGAACAGGAAGUGCAGAGUGGAUCUGAUAACAUCAACGUCCUGAAACAGUCUGCAGCAUCUCUGAGCUGAACUGUCUGUUGACUUUUUCAUGCAUCAGCUACUUUGUCUGCUGAUGAUGAAGAGUCACACAAGUGGAGCAGUGGAGGAGGGAAGAGUGUGAACAUGGCUCCCUCUGCUGGUUACAGGCUGUUUCACACAGCUCUAGAGGACCUUUAGUGGUGGUAGGAAGUAGUGAACGAGGAAUUUCCUGAUGUAACAGCUCCUUGAAAUUACAAAUUCAUCUUUCUCGCACUGAAGACAUAUUGCAAAUACAAAUCUAAGAUGUGAUAUAAGAACAAAAACAGUAUAUUAUUCUUCUUUUACUGAACCUGCACCUUCUCUUAGCAUCUGUCAAGAUUGGAUUUAGUUUGUUUUUGUGGUUUGAGACUCACUUUUUACUCUUUUUCUGCAGUUGUAAACUUGUCUAGUUUUUUUUUCUAAAUACAGAGGGUUAAAAUUGAAGAAAUUUGCCCCCUUUUCUGUCAGUUUCUGUUAAAAAAUCUGAUUUUUGUUUGUCAUCAGGUGAUCAUCGAGGUGACGGAGAUGCUUCACAACGCCAGCCUCCUCAUUGACGACAUCGAGGACAGCUCCAAGCUGCGGCGAGGCUUCCCUGUGGCCCACAGCAUCUACGGCGUCCCUUCUGUCAUCAACUCGGCCAACUACGUCUACUUCCUGGGUCUGGAGAAGGUGCUGACCCUGGAGCACCCUGAAGCCGUCCGUGUGUUCACCCGGCAGCUGCUGGAGCUGCACCGCGGUCAGGGCCUGGACAUCCACUGGAGAGACACCUACACCUGUCCGACCGAGCAGGAGUACCGAAACAUGGUGCUGCAGAAAACCGGAGGAUUAUUCGGUCUGGCCGUGGGCCUGAUGCAGCUCUUCUCAGACUGGAAACAGGACCUUAAACCCCUCCUGGACACGCUGGGCCUCUUCUUCCAGAUCCGGGACGACUACGCCAACCUGAGCUCUCGAGAGUACAGCGAGAAUAAGAGCUUCUGUGAGGACCUGACAGAGGGGAAGUUCUCUUUCCCCACUAUUCACGCCAUCUGGUCGCGCCCUGAGAGCACCCAGGUGCAGAACAUCCUGAGGCAGCGCACCGAGAACAUGGACAUCAAACGGUACUGCGUGGACUACCUGGAGAAGGUGGGCUCGUUCGCCUACACCCGCCAGACUCUGAGGGACCUGGAGGUGGAGUCUUAUCGACUUAUCAAGGGCUUUGGAGGAAAUCCCCAGUUGGAGAGUUUAGUCAGACACCUCAGUCAGAUGCAUCAUGAGGCUGAAGCUACAGCAGAGUCCUGUACUGAUCCACAGUCCAGCCAUGACCCCUGACCCCACACAUCCUUCACGUCGCACAGAGACCGCACACGACACAUCAAAGUCUGUGGCGCGUUCACCAGAGGGGGAAGAUGAGAGUCGGAGAGAAUUAUUUAGUGGCAGACGGGGGAAAAAAAACAGCUGUAUCAGAGUCUCCUCACCUUACCUUGAGAAUUGAUCCAACCUAAGUGUCACAAGUGAAAUACGGAGAUAAUUACAGCCAUUUGAUAGAUCAGCAGGUCGGAUAAUCAUCUCAGCUAGCCAGGAUGAUGAGAACCAUGCCUUACAGAGCUUAACUUCCACCUCUGCAGUUUUUCAGACGAAUGAUUUUGCGCGAGGAUCCCGCUGUUUCCCAUCUUUCUGCUGACACCUCAGAGCAGAUUGUCUGAAUACACUUUGGUCCCGUAGUUAACUGUGAGUCUGCCGUCCCAAUUCUCCUUCAGAACAAGAACAUGAUAAUGUAGAUAAUGAUUAAGUCCGUCCACAUGAUGACAAACAGAGUUACUGUAAUGACUCAGGUGAAGUGUUUUUUUAAUACGUUUUCAGGACGUUUGAAUCUAAAUGUACACAGAAUUUUGCAGCAGCAGCGUUGUGCACAUUUAACAAUCACAUGGAUUUUUAUCUAAAUUGUACAAACUAUGCAAACGAUUCAAAUUUGAGUUCAUUUGAUUCACUUUUGACCAAACGACACCAAAAGUAGUUUUUCUGUUUAGAUUCUCAUAAAAAUACUGAGGAAGGAAUUCAUGAAGAAUAGAUUUUAUACCAUUUGCUGCAGGUAUCGGCUCCAACCCAAGGUCCAAUUAACACGGCAUUAUGCACACAUGAUUAUCACACUAUAAAAAUGCUCUUACACAGUCACCAUUAACUCUCAGCUGACAGUAAAAACUUCAAAAACAUGAUGUGGUUUUUCGCACCAGUGUUUGAAUUUGACAUAGAAAGAACCAGAUUUUCAGUAUUUAAGUGUGUGCUAACAAUAUAAGCCAACACUUGUGGAAAAGAGACGCGAUUCGCUCUGGGCGCAGUUUGUGGUCGGCGUGUUAAACACAAUUAAAACGUACCUUUGUGGCUCGUUAGCGCAGGUUUAGAGGGCACAAAAGCUGCGUAUUGUAACCCUCGGUUAGUCAGGCGGAGUCGUGUGUUUUUAAUUUGGGAGUUCAUCCUCACACACAGCAGCUCCCGGGCAUUUUUCACUUUGACAGCAGGUGGAUCAAACUCAAUUUUCUUUCAGUUUUUUGAUGAUUUAAUUUUGGGCCUUUUUAUAAAAAUCAACAAACAGGAAAAUACUCAAAAGGAUUUCCAAGAACACAAAUUGAAGUCUUGCUCUGUAUUUUGACAAACAGCUGAAAAACAGCAACUCUUACGGAAAUGAUUUUCCACUUCAGUAUUUCUUCAUCAAGUUUGUCCAAUAGCUUUAAACUCACACAGUUUACAGUGUUUAUGCAGAGAUGUGUGUGUUUGUUCCCCCUCUGGUGGCGGCAGGACUUCACUGCGCCCUGAACACUCCACUCACAGUUACCGAGGCUCAUGCAGACAAGCACAUUCCUGUGGAGAUCAGCACUCACUCCACUGAUUUAAAAGACUCGGUUAAUCACUGAACCUGUGCGCUCCGAUUCUAGCUGAUGACUGCGCUCAAAAGUUGCAGAUGUUGCCUCUUUUUUUUCCUGUUUGCCAGUCUGCUUCCUUCACAAACAACACAUCAGCGUUUUUAUAACAAGUGUUUCUGUGCAGUCAGUGGAAGAAAUCAAUUAAAGUACAAACAGAUUUUCUUCUCCGGACUGGAGAAACAAGAUGACAACAAAGCUGAAACGCCUUCCUUCUGAUGUGCACCGCAGUGCAGGGAAAUGUAUUUUUUCUAAUGUUUCGUCACAGAUCGAAAUUGUUUAUGUAAAGCAGAGUGAAUGCUGGGUAUUUCUUGAAGUGAAGUCCUUGUUUAAAAGGAGACGUGAAUGUCUCGAGUGUCUGAUGUGUGAUCUGGGUUUCUUAAUCAUUAAGCCGCCGGAGUGCCAAUCCUGUAGUUAAACCUCUGUUGAAAGUCAAUUGUGGACGUGUUAUGUAACAUGCAGGUUUUAUAUGCAAAGUAGCUCCAUACUGAGUAUACUCAGUUGUGUGUUGACACUUUGCGUUAUCGCAGACUUGUUAAAAUUCAACAAAGCUCUCCACUUCUGUGAUAUUUCAUCAUUUCAUUUAUACUUGUAAGUAGACACUGCAGAUGUCGCACUUCAGAGCCUCUUUGCAUCUAUUUAAUGAUAAAUAAAACUUGAACAGAGAA